CUUAAGACCAUCGCUGUUGCUUGGCCUAUCACUAGACGCUGUCUCGUCCCAGCUACUCACAAUUCUCAUUCUCUACUAGCUCGUCAUAAGCACAAGAUGUCCGCUGCCCCGCUGCCCCCCUUCAAUCGCGAGGCGAAGGCAAAACUCACGGAGAACCCGAACCCGACGUUUGAAUACGGACAAAAGGUCGAGGCGACGGAAGACGGAGAAAGAUGGUUAGAAGGCGAGAAGGCCGGUUGGACUGUGAUCGACACCUCGAAAGAGGAGGCAAGGAAGAUCUACACACUCAUGAUCAGCGGCAUCGUCCCCCGUCCUAUCGCCUUCGUAUCCUCGCUCUCAGAAGAUGGCACUGCGAACCUUGCACCGUUCAGUUGGUUCAACCAGGUCACCCACUCGCCACCGCUUAUCUCGGUGUCCAUCUCCCAGCCCACGAGCGGCCCGAAGGACACGGCGCAUAACAUCAAGACUACGAAGCAGUUCACCGUAAAUAUCAUCAGCGAGCCGUUCAUCGAGAAUGCGAACAUCACUUCGCUCGACUCCCCCGCGAACGUUAGCGAGUGGGAGAUCUCCGGUCUAACUAAGGAGCCGAGCAUUCAUGUCAAGGCUCCGCGAGUCAAGGAGAGCGCGUUCAGUAUGGAAUGCGAGCUAUUCCAAGCGGUAGAUAUUACCCACCCUGACACCGGCAAGCAGACCGGCACACUGAUCCUCGGCCUCGUCAAGUACAUUCACCUCCGGAACGACGUCCUGAACGAGCGCGGGACCGUCGAUUUUGCGAAGCUCAAGCCCAUUGGUCGCCUCGGUGAUAUUUCCUACGCACGCGUGGGCGAUGCGUUCCGUCUCCCACGUCCGGAGUGGGCUGUCGAGGGCGAGAAGAUCAAGGAGUUUCUCAAGACGACGCAGUAGAUUAUGAGAUCAAAGCCUAGCGAAGGCGUCUUUCGCUUUGUAUUGUACACUUUGUUUGUUGUUCGUGACAUAUAUGCAGGCUGAGCGAUCAUGGAAGCC